GUAAAAUCUAAAUACCGCCGUUCUGGUCAUGUGACCACAGCUGACGUAACCGCCAUAAUCCUCUGCGCUACGGCUCCCAGAACUCCCUUCUCGUGUGACGUCACUUCUAACAUGGCGCCGUACACAGAGGGACCCACGUUUGCAGCCCCGACUGGAUACACAGCCAUUCCGGUGCAGUUCUCGGAGGAGCGGCCGGUACACCACUGCCUGUAUGCCAAAGAAGCCCGGCUCAGAGGAGAGGCCGAGAAAGCCCAUCCCCAGGAUCGGAUGUUGUUCGUAAUCAACAUCCCCGGAUACGUCACCGAGAAAGGUUUAUCAGAGAUCUUCGCUUCUUGUGGUCAUGUGCAAUCUGUGGAACUACUUGACAAAUCAGCGCCUUAUUUGAAAAAAAAUAUGGAGGGAAAUAUGUCUUUUAACCAGAAGACAAUUAAGGGUUUCAGAGUGGCCUAUGUUGUGUUCAAAAAGGCCUCUGGAAUUCAAAAAUUCAAGUCCAAUAAAGUCUGGACACCAUCGGUCAUAUCAAAAAGAGACGAUUUUGUAAAAGCUGGAAUUCACAAGUGGAUAGAGGAUUAUGAAAAGUCUUUUACUGAUGUUGCUGCUCUUCAAGCUGAAAUUGAUCACUAUAUGCAGGAAUAUGAUAAGAAAGAGGCAAAGAAAGAGGACAAAGCUAAGCAAAAAGAAGGGGUGCCAGAUGAGGAUGGCUGGAUAACUGUGACAAGAAAGGGCCGACACCCAGGUGUAGCACGUACUGAAGCAGUGAAUCAUCGACUGUUAGAGAAGGAAAAGAAGAAGAGAGCCCAGAAAGAACUUCUAAACUUUUAUGCUUGGCAGCACCGUAAUAAAAAGAAAGAACACCUGGCAGAACUACGUAAAAAAUUUGAAGAAGAUAAGCAGAAGAUUGCACUGAUGCGAGCUCAGAGAAAGUUCCGCCCUUAUUGAAAUCCAUUUGUGUACUGUAAUAUAUCUGUUCUCAUACAGACUUGUAUCACCACCUGGCACAAAGAACAACUUCCACACUGACUGCAGAUGCCAGCGGACAUAUUACUUUUUAAUUAUCGACCUUAAUUGACAAGGGGCUUCUCCAAAACAUAAAACGUUUAUACAGUAAACCCAUCAUUACAGCUUCCAGUUCUGUUGUAGUUUACUUCAUACUGGGCACCACAGUGGCUCAGUGGUUAGCAUUGGUGCCUUGCAGCGCUAGUGUCCAAGUUCAAAUCUGACAAAGGACAACAUCUGCAUGGAGUCUGUAUGUUCUCCCCGUGUUUGUGUGGGUUUUCUCCAGGUAUUCCGGUUUCCUCCCACACUCCAAAGACAUACUGAUAGGGACCUUAGAUUGUAAGCCUCAUUGGGGACUGCGUGAUGCUAACGUCUGUACAGAGCUGUGGAAUAUAGUACAGCUAUAAGUGAGUAUAAUAAAUACUUCACAGUUAAGAAUUCCACACAAUAAGAAAAUUCCCUCUUCGUUAUCCACAUUGGUUCAUCAUCUUGUAAGGCUCUAUUCAUGUCAUUUUUGAGGUGCAUGUGUAACACCACCACAUGCAUUCAUAUGCUAUAAAGUUGCAUACCCAUUGUAACUGCUACAGCAUAACACCCGAAUGUAUGCUACAAGUCCAUGAUAAGCUGUUCUGCUUUUUGUGGGGUACCAUAUCUAUCGGCAUAAGGAGACUUAUAGGCGAUACGUGCUCCUCCGGCAUUCUGCGGAGAAAGGCAUGCAAAUGACCUCUUGGCAAGCUCUUCCUCUAAUGCCACCAGAUGUAAGGCAGCUAUCUUAUAAGUCAUUGUUCAACCCUUUAAAUGGGCAUUGAGACAUGACUUGGGUAUUAAUUAAGACUGCUGUUUCAGGGUGAUUGCCCCUCAUCAGUGCAGAGAGUAUGGACUUAACUGAGUGAGAGGCCUAAAGCCUCAUCCACUCAUCAGUGUUUUGUUCAGUGAUUGUGAGCCAAAAGCAGGAUUGGAGCCUAUAAGGGAAAGAGCUGCACCUCAUGAGGCAUGAGUCAGGACUUGGGGAGUACUAUCUCUCCUUGGGGAGAGUGCCUUCAUCUGUGUGGCAGAGCUGCUAAGGGCUCAUUUGCAUCCCUUUUUUCCCAGAAUACCAGAUGAGCAUGUGUGGCAUAUAAGCCUCCUCGUACCGAUUUAAGACGUUCUGCACAAGGAGAGAUUGUACCCCCCAAAUUCUAACUUAGGCCUCACCCACUUAUGCCAGUACACUCUGCACUGAUGGGGGGGACAAUCACCCUGAAACAGCUGUCUGCAGAUGAAGUGCUGGUUUAUUUCUUAUCAGUCAUGUCUCAAGGCCUAUUUAAAGGGUUGAACAUUGACUUAUAGGAUAACUCCUUUACUUCUAGUGGCCUUAGAGGCAAAGCUUGUUAAGAAAUCAUUUGCAUCCCUUUCUUCCCAGGCUCUUCUGCAAUACACUAGGUAUUUUUUUGUUUGUUUUAGUUUUAUGUAUUCCCAGUGUACUUCAACACUUGUCACCUCGCUCUGAGUUUGUAUUGUAAUUUAACAGAUCAGAUAUUAUACUAAUAAGUAAUACCGUUUUCAUGAACUGGUUUACUUGUUCUACAGUGUUUUGGCUGAUAGUAUGUGUUAAAGUAACUUCCAAAUGGAUACCGAGAUCUAGGACUUCCAUGCAGAAUGGGAAUGGUGCUGCUGUAACCAGUACACAGUGGAUGGAGAUAUGUAGUCCUGUGUCAGAGGCACAGUUUAUGAAACCAACUGAUUGGCAAUGCUGAUGUAAGUUGGACCCUGAUUUCUGUACAGAAUAAUGAGCAAAUUCUAUUCCGUACAAGUUGCAAUCUGAUGAGUGCAAGUUGUCUGCUUGGAGACCUAACAAAAAGUAAAAAAAAAAAAAAAUAUUAAAAU